UAAAAUAACCUACUAAAGUAACGCAGAAAAACUACAGUUGUUUGUCCUGCAAAGAAAUAAAUAGAUUUAAAGAGAAAAUAAAUAACACAAUGAAGCCUGCAAUUGUUGCCGAUGAAAUGUUUCCAGAAGGUGCAGGUCCAUAUAUGGACCUAGAGGAGGCUGGUGGUUCUAGUGGAUUACUAAUGGACCUUGCGGCAAAUGAAAAAGCAGUCCACGCUGAUUUUUUUAAUGAUUUUGAGGACCUCUAUGAUGAUGAAGACCUUAACUGAAUUCUGUUCUUAUUUCUAGGCUCUGAGGUUGCUGAUUUUUGGUUAAUAAGAUUGUAAAAUUUUAUGUUAAUAGGUGUGAAAGAAAAAGCUUACCAAUUUAAAUGAUUUAUUUUUUACAAACUGGAGUCUAUUGUAAAAUCAAGAAAAACUUAGUUUUAUAAUUAACAAUUAAAAUUAAGUUUUAUAAAUAACAAUAAAAAAGGAGUACAUAAGA